UUUGGGAGCUUGAACAGGGAGACCUACCAAGUGUAUGACUGCGAUGGGAUCGCUCCCUUCCCGCAUUUUCGGAAGCCUCAAUCCCAUCCGUCGCGACGGAUCUGAUUCUCGCAACAGCAUUGUUUCUCGCCUUGGACCGAUCUCCUUACUGAAGUUUGGCUUCGGUUUCUUGGUGUGUCGAGGCGUUCAUUCGUCGGGGAUCCUUCGCAAAGUGCACUCUAAAUUCAAUGCAGUACAGAAGGAAGACAGCGUCCGAGUUGUAGCAGCCCCAGAAGUAGCAGCCAAAUCCCCGUACCCAGCCUGGGUCACAUGGAUUUUGGGGGCGAUUCUAUCAAUGGUUCUACCAUUUUGGAAGACAAAAUUGAUGGCAUUUCUCAAGUUAGAAGAUAUGUUAGAAAAAGCAGUGGAAAAUGUAGCUGAGGAAGUGGAGAAAGUGGCAGGGGCAGUAGAAAAGGCAAUUGAAGAGGUGGAAGAAAAGCUUCCUGCAGAUGGGAAGCUAAAGCAAGCGUUUGUUGCGGUUGAGAACGCAGUAAAGGAAGUAGAAAAGGAUGCCGAAAUAGCUGAAGAACUCAUUCAUAAGGUUGAUGAAAUGAAGGAAGAGGUGGAGAAUCUUGUGGGGCCUUUACUCAACAAAGUAGAAGCUGCUGGAUUUGUCAAAAAGGAAGCCUAGAAACAAUUGGGUUGGUGUUGAUCCUUACCAUGUCUUUGGCAUAUCUCAAAAUAAACAAAAAAAAAUUAAAAAAUAAAAAAUAAAUAAAUAAAUAAAUUAAAGUCAUCAGUGUAAUAAUCUUUGUUUUAUUUACCCAAACAUUUGUAUGUACUUUUGUGAAGGCCGAGCCCUAUUCGUUCCCUGUUCCGAAUUUCGUUUGUAGACGUGGGCCCAUGGUUGGUCUAUCCAAGCAAUUGAUCUGACGCCCCCAUCAUGGAUGGACCAUUCCCAAAAUAUCUUUUCGAUUGCUCAACUCUAACCUUCCAGUUGUAGGCAUGAAAAUACAUGGUUAAAAAGAAAUGGACAAACCAUACCACAUUGAAUUGCAGGAAAGGCAAAAGAUUCAAUGACCCCAAUCCUCCAAUUUGGUGGAUUUUGAAGGAAUGGUCCAUUCACAAUAGGGACCAUCAUAUCAAUGGCUUGGCUAGACCAACCACGGGCCCCACAUCUUCAAACUAAGUUCCGCUCAAAGUUCCCAGUUUGGGAGGAACUCAGCCUUUUGUAACAUAUUAUAAGGUUGCAGAUUAUUAUGAGAUUAAAUGAAGCCUUAGUUGAGAAAUUUAGGCAAAAGAUUAUUUGA